CGGGAAGCUGUUUCAUCUCGGAGACAUGAGCCACUUUCGCCAAGAUAAAUGUCACGUGUACAUAAAAAUGAGUGUAGAUGCGGAGUCGGGGAGUUUAAAUUUCAAGAACCGCGACAAGACGGACCGAGAAAGCGAGGAUAAGCUCAAAGAAGAGGAUUGCACAAAUUACGUAGAAAGUUCUGAGGAGUUAUUUUCAGAUGAAGCUGAUGCAGCAAGUGAUGCACGCUGUAGUCCCAUUAUUUAUGGAGCGACCGAUGAUGAAUCUACGAUAGUAAAUUCAUUCCGUACACCUGUACAAUGUUCUAAGUUGCGAGAAACGACACCUGACGGAGCAAGCAUCCCGACUGUACCGUUAAGCUUAGUGCCUUUUCUGUCAAAGGUUAACGAGUCCUGGACAAGUGAUUUGGAAACUCCACAGGCUGAAAAAACAACUUGUAUCAGGCCGUCUACUCCCUUAUCAUCUGUUAAAAAUGUCAGUCCCGUGAUAGUGCCCACUUCGCCGGUAUUUAAUACCACUAGAGUUCGACGUCGUACCAAACGUCGAAUAUUUAAAACACCUUCCGGUACAAAUUUAACUAGUACACCUAAAACUGGUGAAUGUAGCACUGACAUUUCCACUGAUUCAGGGGCAAAUAUUAAACCAAGUAGGAAUGAAGAUCUGGUUAUUGCCAGAGAGGAUAAGACUGAAUUUAUCAAUACCAGGGUGAAUCUAGACGAAAAUACUGCUAAGUCUGAAAGCAAUAAACUGGACACAGAAAUAUGCCUUAGAAAUUCGCCAGAUUAUUUAGGUCAUAUUAAAGGUAAAACUGCACAUGCAGCUUCAUCUAGCAAUGCUACUGAUUUUGAAGCCUUUUUUCAAAGUGUAUCGCUUACCAAUAUCGAUAAGAAUUCCUCACUUUAUACUAAUGAGAUUACUACUGACGUCGAUAGUAGAGAAAGAAAAGUAAACUCGGACACUGUAAUAAACAUUGAAAAUUUAGGGAGAAAGACUAAUGACAAACUUCUCAACACACUUUCCACACAUGAUAAAAAAAGUUUAUCUGAAAGAGUGAGAGAAAUUAAAAAUGUUAAGAAACACAGGAGGAAAAUAUCUGAAAUAGUAUGUGCAAACGUUCCAGUAGAAGAAUUUACUCGGGGUGUUAUGGAGUUAGAAAGAGCUGCAAGCUUUUCAGCACCCGUUAAGAGGAAGUCUUUUUCGUUAGAUCAGCAGUCAGACUUUAUGUCUUUUUCAAAACUCUGUGAUUCAAGUAGUGUAAAAAGUCCUGAGGAAACUAAGGAGAGAAUAAAUUCUUGUGAACAAAUGUGCAGUUCCAAAGGUAAAAUGUCAGAGAAGACCGAAGCAUUAAUUAAUGUGAGACGUGUGUCUCAAGGUACUUUGCAUAGGCUAACUCCUGCUCCGGGUGAUCUUUCAAAUACUUUGAACAGUUCAGGUAUUUCUGAGGUAUUAUCAAAAAAUACAACAGCUUCGUUGUCUCUUGAGGAAGACAAUGAACAAGUAGAAGAUAUUUUUAAGGAUGAUUGUAUAGACUCAGAAAUGGUGAACGUAGGUGAAAUGGUGAUGGCGAUAGCUGAAGAUAUCGAAGACUUUAGUCAGUGGGUUUACAAGCCAAAAGAUGCUUUCGAAGUGGCUCACAAUCUUGACUCCAAUAAGCAGCAAAAUGUGGGGAAGAUGCAGAGUGGAUUUUCAACUGCAAGUGGAAAAAACCUUUUCGUCAGUGAAACUCUUCUUCAAACCGCUGAAAAAUUGUACAAGGAAGUUAGCGAAGAAUGUAUUGAAAAAGAGUCCAAUUUGGAUAAGCAGAGUCUAGCAACGGAAUCAACGUUAAAAAGAAAAUUUGAAAACUGUUCUGAACAAUCUGAGAAAAAUGAGAUGGGAGCAGCAGAGACAAUCGAGCAGUCCGUGAAGAAAAUUAAAUCCAAUUCAGGAAGCGAAGAAGAUUCUACUUUACGUAGAAGAACAUCAAUCGAUCAACUGUCGGGAAAGGAGCUUCACGAUGAUGUUUUCGCUGGAAACGAAGAAGUGAUUUUGCAAUCAUCACAGCUUUUUCACGGAUUUUCUUAUAAAGAUCUCGAGACGAGCUCAACGUUUGCAGAAAAGAUGAAAAUAAUCCUGUGGCAGAAAUUCAAGUCAACGGAAGCUAUUGAAGAACAUCAAAUUCCUUCAGAGUGUGACAUUAGAAAUUCAUCUGAAAUUAUUAUCAAAAAGUCUCGAUCGGUGCCUUCUAUUGUCACUGAAAAACGCGAUUUGACGAGUGCAGGAGAGAAAAAAAAUUCACCAAGUUCGAGUGCACAUUUGCACAGAAUAACCAGCUGGCCUCUGAUAAAAAGCAGUUCAAAAAAUAGCAUUAGAAAAUACAAUCUCAGAAAUUCGUCAAGAAAGAGAAAUUGUAAUGAAACAAUAGCGUCAUUAAAUUGUACAAAUCGUUUGAAUGAAAGUGCCUUACUUAAUGCAGCUUGCAAUUCAUUUGUUGGGGAAAAUAAUUUGCAGACUUCAAUGGAAGGUUUUUGUGGAUUCUCUCAAGAAGAAAUAGACAAAAGCGCAUUUUAUGCAGUAAAACAUCAAUUGAUGCUGCAUAAAAAUUCCAAGGUACUAGAGAAAAAAUUAUUGACUUGUGAAAAUGUUCAAGAAAAGGGGAAAAAUGCUUUUCAUGAAUUUUCGACCGCUAUUGAAGAACGUCCCUCGGCAGAAAAAUUAGUAACAAAUCAGGUCGAAGAUCCCGGUAUUACAAAUAAAACACACGAAACAAAUAAUUUUUCUACUCCCUUUAGAAAUUUAGAAGCUAAAGAAACAGGGCUGAGGUUUGGAUUUACUACUGCUAGUGGGAAGCCAGUAAAUAUUUCCAAAGAUGCCCUGGCAAAAGCAGAGAAAUUAUUCGUUGAUCAGAUUAAUGAUUUCGAUAUUGCUAAUAAUGACUCGCCGUUAAGAAAAUCGAACCCAUCAACGUCUUAUAAAGAUUCAAAUAAAGAAAAUGUUUUAUCAUCGUCUGAAUUUUUUACUGCCAGUGGGAAGCCUGUAAAUAUAUCCAAAGAAGCUCUGUUAAAAGCGAAGACAUUAAUUGCCGAUCCGUUAGAUGAUUUUGAAAUUGUCAAUAAUGAUUCGCCUUCAAAAAAGACAGAUACAUCUACGUCUUUUAAGGAAUCAAAUAAAAAUGAUAUUUUCCCAUAUUCUGGAUUUUCUACCGCUAGUGGAAAACCUGUAAAUAUUUCCAAAGAAGCUCUGUCAAAAGCGAAGACAUUAUUUGCCGAUCCGCUAGAUGAUUUUGAGAUUGCCAGUAAUGAUUCGCCUUCGAAAAAGACAGAUACAUUUACGUCUUUUAAGGAAUCAAAUAAAAAGGAUAAUUUCCCAUCUGUCGGAUUUUCUACCGCUAGUGGAAAACCUGUAAAUAUUUCCAAAGAAGCUCUGUCAAAAGCGAAGACAUUAUUUGCUGAUCCGCUAGAUGAUUUUCAGAUUGCCAAUAAUGAUUCGCCUUCAAAAAAGACAGAUACAUCUACGUCUUUUAAGGAAUCAAAUAAAAAGGGUAAUUUCCCAUCUGUCGGAUUUUCUACCGCUAGUGGAAAACCUGUAAAUAUUUCCAAAGAAGCUCUGUCAAAAGCGAAGACAUUAUUUGCCGAUCCGCUAGAUGAUUUCGAGAUUGCCAAUAAUGAUUCGCCUUCAAAAAAGUCAGCUGCAUCUACGUCUUCUAAGGAAUCAAAUAAGGAUAUUUUCCCAUCUUCUGGAUUUUACACGGCUAGUGGAAAAUCGGUAGGUGUCUCAAAAGAAGCCUUGCUCAAAGCAAAGGCACUCUUCUCCGAACAAUCGGAGGAAUCAGCUGUUCAAAUUAAUUGCGAAACUAUCGAUCAAAAGUCAAAACAUCCAUCCGGAUUAUCGAGGUCGGACGAGAUUUCUCCGAAGAUUAGUGUUUUAUCAUCAAACGGAAAGGAAGAAACCCCGAAUACUUUCGAUCCAACUCGAGCCAAGGUUUCUUCGAAGAUUACUCCAAAAUUCGGAAAUCAGAAAUGUUCUUCAGGUUUCAAACCAGUGAUGAAAAGGAAAGUCGAGGAGAUCGACGAUGACACUCCUUGCAGCAGGUUUCCCUCAAAGUGCAAAAAGGCUCGAGUGAAUAACGAUCUUCAGGCCAAAAAGUUGUUCUUCGAAAAUACCGACAGCGACGAUGAGCGGAAAAUCGAGAACGAGAAGAAUCUUCAAAAACGCUCGGUAGACGUUCCAGCGGAAAUUUCAACAUCCGAAGAAAUCGUCGCCAGUACGGCUGCUCUUCUUGAAGACGAAGAAAUGUCGAAUGAUUCCUGGUCCGCGAGAUUUCAGAAAAUCAACGACGAAGACGUGGAAACGGCUGAAAAUAAUUACAAACUUCCCGGAGAAGGAAACGCCGGAGCAGAAACCGAAACGCCACCGAGUCCUGUCCUGCGAACUCGAAAUAAAUUCCCCUCGCGAACGAGGAAUAGUAAUAAAUUGAUAAGUAAGCGAAAGGGCGACGCCGUUAAGAAUUUUUUAGUCCCUGAUAAAAGGACACCGAUUUCGGGGGACUCCAGUCUUCGAGCUGGCGAAAGAAACAGUGCCUUGAAAUCAACGAGUUCAGUCUCUGAGGAUCCCAAAUCGAUUUUGGACGAUGGCUUUAGUGUGCUGUUUUCGGAAAACAUUCUGGAUGACUCUCAGACCAUGGAAGCGAGGAAGAUAGAAGAGCUGGUGAACAAUGUGGAAAAGCGACUGGCCGCUGCAGCGGAGCAGGAGGAAGAAAUCCGCAGGAAAAAGACGAUCAAGCCAAAACCGCUGAAAGGCAUUCUGUUGCGAACCAGAGAGUCACAUUUUCAAAAUCGAAUAUCCCUGAGAAAAUUCGCCGCGGGAUUUGCGCCCGAAAUUUGUACUCUCCAAGAGCUCAAGGAUCGACAAGUCGGUAACGAAGUUUUGAGGAUAACGUCAACCACUGCAGGCUCCUUCAAAUUUCGCUGUACCGAGUUUUACGGCGAUGGGGUCGUCCGAGGGAACGUCUAUGGCAUUAAAAUGCCGGACGGUGGUCGCUUAAUUUUGGACGAAAAGGAUCGCGCUGGGGUUUCCGAAUUUGCCAGGUCCUUCCUGGCAAGUCCCAAUGUGGAUCCGGCUUUAAUUCCCCCGGGAUGGAUUGAAAAUCACUAUAGAUGGAUCGUCUGGAAAUUAGCAUCCAUGGACCGGACGAAACUCGGUAAAGUCCGAACGACAAGAAUGCUGACGCCUGAUCGCGUAAUGGCGGAAUUAAAAUACCGAUACGAUCGAGAAGUCGACGGAGCCCAGAGGCCGGCUCUUAGAAGGAUACUUGAAAAGGACGAUCCUCCAAACAGGAGAAUGGUCCUUUGCGUGGCAAAUAUAUCCGAGUUAACAUACAGUAGGGAUAAAGAAAAGAAUCUGAACGUAAUGUCAUCGUGGAAGUGGAAAGUUGAAUUGACAGAUGGCUGGUACAGUAUCCCAGCAUCCAUUGACAUUGCUAUGUCAAGUCAUAUCUCUAGAGGAAGAGUCCAAGAAGGCACGAAAAUCGUCACUUGCGGGGCUGAACUGCUAAACUGCGAUCAGGGCUGUUUUCCGCUAGAAAUCCCUGGCGACGUGCAAUUGAAAAUCCACACGAAUUCCACUCGCCGGGCGAGGUGGUUCGCGAAGUUGGGGUACCAGACUUGUCCAAGACCAAUUCCAAUUGCUUUGAAAGACGUCGAUCCUAUCGGUGGAGCGAUUUGCAAAAUAUUCUUUAUCGUUGCCAGGAAGUACCCCGUCUUGUAUAAAGAGAGACUGGCGGAUGGACGCAACAUAUUUCGGAACGCUAAGAGCGAAGAAAAGGCCGCCAUUGCGUACGAAAGGGAGUGCCAGACAAAAGCGGAGUUGAUAUACAAUCAAGCCGAGAAGGAAAUGGGAGCUUACAAAAAACCCAAUUCCUCUGAGGAGGAUAGUACGGAACUUGUCGAUCGACGUGGACGAAAGUCGCACGAUUUCUCUAACGAGGAGAAUCUUACCGCCAGUCAAAGAAAAAAAAUCCUGGAGCUUCAAAGGAUCGAAGAAGAAAAGUUCAAGUACAACUUGGAGUCGAAAAUGAAGCAGGAUCUUCCUCCACCUAGACAAGUUUCCCCCGUUCUCAAAAUUCGCGUAUUUGCUGACGGUAAGACUGCGAUUUUGACGAUUUGGUCUUCCAACGAAGAAGUCGAAGACAUCGUCCAGGAGGGAAAUCGAAUCUCGGUGCACAAUUUAACUGCCUCUGGAAAGCGAGCCGGAGAAUUGCAACUUAGCGCGGGUCGUCAGGCGAUAUUUAAUCGCGAAUCCUCUCAAGGCGUUUCCUAUCCGAUAAGGACUUUCACUCCGUUAAAAGAUAUCGGUAUGCUUGGAUUUAAUCCUGCUUUUGGAGAAUUCGACACAGUUGGAAUUGUUUCCUCGACCGGUGCCGCUCCCCACGGCAUGAGAAAUUUUGAAAUCGCCAAUCUUGCAUAUCUUGACGACGACGGAUCUUCGGCCUUUUUAUCGGUACUUUUCUGGCAAGGAAUAGCUUCCUAUGACUAUACCGACAUCCUUGUGGCAGGAUCGAUUGUUUCUUGCAGCAAUCUCGAAUGGCGCCGACAAUCCACGUCUUGGGGCAUUCCCAUGGCUUAUUGUACAGAACGUACCGUAAUUACUCGAAAUCCUCGACAAAGUCAUCUUCGACACGUUUUGUACAGCUUUAGCUUACGAGUCAAGGAUCCCGUGUCUUACGCUGCUCAAAGUGCGGACGAGAUUGCAGCGGAAAUUGUUAAGAGAUCUGCGAAAACCAGCCAAGGAACUCCUGGAAAAUCUUUGGACAGUCCUUCGUUUAUCAGUCCUUAUGUAACAGUGAAUACGCCAAAUGUAUCAGGGAAAAGUCCUAUCGAUUUAAUUUCGCCAAACGACUCCCUUAGACCAUCCGUCCAAAAACGUAUGGAGAAGCUCCAGCGAUAUGGAGAACCCCCGGAAUUAUCGCCAAUUGUUAUUAAAAAUAGCUCUAAGAAGGUCAACCAAGAGUUCCGGUCUCCCUUCCGGACGCCAGAAAGAAAUUCUGAUACGUCGAAUUAAUUUGAUAAGAGGGUUUUAACGACGAAGAAAAUUCUAAAAAGAAAAAAAACGGUUCUUUGUACAGUAAAGAAUCAGCUGUAACGAAUUGCCAGGGUGCUUAGCAUUAACGUAAUACGUGAUAUGAGAAUAUGGAUUUUCUGCGUCACGGUCCCAGUUAUUUUUACAGCCUAUUUUUACCGUUCCGUUGGUCACCGACAUUAUUCGUAUUUCCGAGAGCCGUGUAUCUUAAAUAUCACAAAACGAAGGCAUGAGGUUUUCCAAAAUUUAUUCCUCACAUAUUCCAGAGAAAGGGAACUCGUUAAAUAUCUAUGUACUAUAUUGGUAACGGUAUACAGUUACUUGUUGCGCUACCUCAUUACGUGUAUAAAGGUAGAGUUAAGUGUAAAAAUUGUUUGAUGUUAAUUUAUGAAUACGUGAAGUUACUACGGAGUUUACAUGAAU